AUGGAUGUUCCAAUCAUGGUUGGAGAUUGCUACAUUCCUGCUGAUUUUGUAGUUCUUGAGCUGGAACACCAACCUAAAGACCCUCUUAUCUUGGGAAGGCCAUUCCUAGCUACUGCAGGAGCUAUAAUAGAUGUCAAGAAUGGAAAGAUUGACUUGCAUCUUGGAGAUAUAGUGAUGAAUUUCGAGGUAAACAAGUCCAUGGAGAAACCAACUGUAGAUGGUCAAGCUUUUUGGAUUGGAGAGCUCGCAGAGACAAGAGAAGAAGUGCUGGAUGAACUCCUUCUUAUUGAUCCCUUGGAGCUAGCUUUGACAAAGGCUGAAAAUGAGUAUGGAUACAUGGAAAGAGAAGCUCAAUGCUUAGUCAAGUUCAUGGAUUCCAAGGAAGCUUAUAAGGAGCUAAUAGCUUAUAUGGACCUAGAGAGAGAAGAAGAAGAACCAGACAUUGACAAGGAUCAGGAAGUAUCACAAACCAAGGUUAAGUUCGACCCAUGGUGCCCACUUAGAGCUCCAAAAGCCGAGCUCAAGCAACUCCCAGUUGGUCAAAGGUAUGAAUAUCUUGGUCCUAAUGAAACAUAUCCUGUUAUUGUUAAUGCUGCACUAACAAAAGAAGAGAUCGCUUUACUUGUUCGUGAACUGAGCACUACAAGAAAUACGCUGGAUAAUGUCGAUUUAUUAAAGUCGAUUGCUAAACCGACGUAA